UUAAAUUUGGCCACCAGAUCUAAUUGAUCCGACACCCGGUUUCUUGGAGGAUCAUGCGCUUGUUCCUAGUCGCGGUUUUGGCCGCUUAUUUGGCCUACGUAGCGGCCCAAUCGCAAUCUGAUACGGUAACAGCAGUGGCCACCCCAGUUAUUAAGGCACAGCCAUGUUGUGAAAGUGUUCGGCAAACUCUAAUUGAAAUACGAAAAGAUAUUCGCUUGUGGCUGCUGGACAGGCUUUUCGGAAAACUAAUUCUUUUGCACGACGGAGAACUUCUCGGCAAUCCAAAUUAUGUGAAUUGUGUCAAUGGAAAAAAGCAGCUACCACUCUUAGAUGGAAGCUCUAUUACAGAUCAGUCUGCAUCUACUAACACUAUAACCAAAAUCAUCAAUGAUGGACUUUCAAGUCAGACUACCACCCCUGCGGCUCCUGUCGUAGAAGUAACUCAGGGAUCCUCUUCGAAUGGUAAUGGAAACUCUACCCAGUCCUCGACAACAACUACCACUACAACGACGACAUCUUCCGAUGCUGGCCAAUCCACCACCUCAUCUGACCCCGUUGUGGAAGUCAGUCAAGGAACAAACGGCGAUAACAGCUCCACUCAGUCAUCCACCACAACAACGACAUCUUCAGAUGAGGGCCAAACUAACACCUCUUCGGCUCCUGUCGUAGAAGUAACUCAGGGAUCCUCUUCCAAUGGUGAUGGAAACUCUACCCAGUCCUCGACAACGACGACAACUACAACGACGACAUCUUCCGAUGCUAGCCAAUCCACCACCUCAUCUGACCCCGUUGUGGAAGUCAGUCAAGGAACAAACGGCGAUGGCAGCUCCACUCAGUCUUCAUCAUCCACCACAACAACGACAUCUUCAGAUGAGGGCCAAACUACCACCUCUUCGGCUCCUGUCGUAGAAGUAACUCAGGGAUCCUCUUCCAAUGGUGAUGGAAACUCUACCCAGUCCUCGACAACAACUACCACUACAACGACGACAUCCUCAGAUGCUGGCCAAUCCACCACCUCAUCUGACCCCGUUGUGGAAGUCAGUCAAGGAACAAACGGCGAUGGCAGCUCCACUCAGUCUUCGUCAUCCACCACAACAACGACAUCUUCAGAUGAGGACCAAACUACCACCUCUUCGGCUCCUGUCGUAGAAGUAACUCAGGGAUCCUCUUCCAAUGGUGAUGGAAACUCUACCCAGUCCUCGACAACGACGACAACUAAAACCACGACAUCUUCCGAUGCUGGCCAAUCCACCACCUCAUCUGACCCCGUUGUGGAAGUCAGUCAAGGAACAAACGGCGAUGGCAGCUCCACUCAGUCUUCGUCAUCCACCACAACAACGACAUCUUCAGAUGAGGGCCAAACUACCACCUCUUCGGCUCCUGUCGUAGAAGUAACUCAGGGAUCCUCUUCCAAUGGUGAUGGAAACUCUACCCAGUCCUCGACAACGACGACAACUACAACGACGACAUCUUCCGAUGCUGGCCAAUCCACCACCUCAUCUGACCCCGUUGUGGAAGUCAGUCAAGGAACAAACGGCGAUGGCAGCUCCACUCAGUCUUCGUCAUCCACCACAACAACGACAUCUUCAGAUGAGGGCCAAACUACCUCGUCUUCGGCUCCUGUCGUAGAAGUAACUCAGGGAUCCUCUUCCAAUGGUGAUGGAAACUCUACCCAGUCCUCGACAACGACGACAACUACAACGACGACAUCUUCCGAUGCUGGCCAAUCCACCACCUCAUCUGACCCCGUUGUGGAAGUCAGUCAAGGAACAAACGGCGAUGGCAGCUCCACUCAGUCUUCAUCAUCCACCACAACAACGACAUCUUCAGAUGAGGGCCAAACUACCACCUCUUCGGCUCCUGUCGUAGAAGUAACUCAGGGAUCCUCUUCCAAUGGUGAUGGAAACUCUACCCAGUCCUCGACAACGACGACAACUACAAAGACGACAUCUUCCGAUGCUGGCCAAUCCACCACCUCAUCUGACCCCGUUGUGAAAGUCAGUCAAGGAACAAACGGCGAUGGCAGCUCCACUCAGUCUUCGUCAUCCACCACAACAACGACAUCUUCAGAUGAGGGCCAAACUACCACCUCUUCGGCUCCUGUCGUAGAAGUAACUCAGGGAUCCUCUUCCAAUGGUGAUGGAAACUCUACCCAGUCCUCGACAACGACGACAACUACAACGACGACAUCUUCCGAUGCUGGCCAAUCCACCACCUCAUCUGACCCCGUUGUGGAAGUCAGUCAAGGAACAAACGGCGAUGGCAGCUCCACUCAGUCUUCGUCAUCCACCACAACAACGACAUCUUCAGAUGAGGACCAAACUACCACCUCUUCGGCUCCUGUCGUAGAAGUAACUCAGGGAUCCUCUUCCAAUGGUGAUGGAAACUCUACCCAGUCCUCGACAACGACGACAACUAAAACCACGACAUCUUCCGAUGCUGGCCAAUCCACCACCUCAUCUGACCCCGUUGUGGAAGUCAGUCAAGGAACAAACGGCGAUGGCAGCUCCACUCAGUCUUCGUCAUCCACCACAACAACGACAUCUUCAGAUGAGGGCCAAACUACCACCUCUUCGGCUCCUGUCGUAGAAGUAACUCAGGGAUCCUCUUCCAAUGGUGAUGGAAACUCUACCCAGUCCUCGACAACGACGACAACUACAACGACGACAUCUUCCGAUGCUGGCCAAUCCACCACCUCAUCUGACCCCGUUGUGGAAGUCAGUCAAGGAACAAACGGCGAUGGCAGCUCCACUCAGUCUUCGUCAUCCACCACAACAACGACAUCUUCAGAUGAGGGCCAAACUACCUCGUCUUCGGCUCCUGUCGUAGAAGUAACUCAGGGAUCCUCUUCCAAUGGUGAUGGAAACUCUACCCAGUCCUCGACAACGACGACAACUACAACGACGACAUCUUCCGAUGCUGGCCAAUCCACCACCUCAUCUGACCCCGUUGUGGAAGUCAGUCAAGGAACAAACGGCGAUGGCAGCUCCACUCAGUCUUCAUCAUCCACCACAACAACGACAUCUUCAGAUGAGGGCCAAACUACCACCUCUUCGGCUCCUGUCGUAGAAGUAACUCAGGGAUCCUCUUCCAAUGGUGAUGGAAACUCUACCCAGUCCUCGACAACGACGACAACUACAAAGACGACAUCUUCCGAUGCUGGCCAAUCCACCACCUCAUCUGACCCCGUUGUGAAAGUCAGUCAAGGAACAAACGGCGAUGGCAGCUCCACUCAGUCUUCGUCAUCCACCACAACAACGACAUCUUCAGAUGAGGGCCAAACUACCACCUCUUCGGCUCCUGUCGUAGAAGUAACUCAGGGAUCCUCUUCCAAUGGUGAUGGAAACUCUACCCAGUCCUCGACAACGACGACAACUACAACGACGACAUCUUCCGAUGCUGGCCAAUCCACCACCUCAUCUGACCCCGUUGUGGAAGUCAGUCAAGGAACAAACGGCGAUAACAGCUCCAAUCAGUCUUCGUCAUCCACCACAACAACGACAUCUUCAGAUGAGGGCCAAACUACCACCUCUUCGGCUCCUGUCGUAGAAGUAACUCAGGGAUCCUCUUCCAAUGGUGAUGGAAACUCUACCCAGUCCUCGACAACGACGACAACUACAACGACGAAAUCCUCCGAUGCUGGCCAAUCCACCACCUCAUCUGACCCCGUUGUGGAAGUCAGUCAAGGAACAAACGGCGAUAACAGCUCCACUCAGUCAUCCACCACAACAACGACAUCUUCAGAUGAGGGCCAAACUAGCACCUCUUCGGGUCCUGUCGUAGAAGUAACUCAGGGAUCCUCUUCCAAUGGUGAUGGAAACUCUACCCAGUCUUUGACAACGACGACAACUACAACCACGACAUCUUCCGAUGCUGGCCAAUCCACCACCUCAUCUGACCCCGUUGUGGAAGUCAGUCAAGGAACAAACGGCGAUAACAGCUCCACUCAGUCUUCGUCAUCCACCACAACAACGACAUCUUCAGAUGAGGGCCAAACUAGCACCUCUUCGUCGCCUGUCGUAGAAGUAACUCAGGGAUCCUCUUCCAAUGGUGAUGGAAACUCUACCCAGUCCUCGACAACGACGACAACUACAACGACGACAUCUUCCGAUGUUGGCCAAUCCACCACCUCAUCUGACCCCGUUGUGGAAGUCAGUCAAGGAACAAACGGCGAUGGCAGCUCCACUCAGUCUUCGUCAUCCACCACAACAACGACAUCUUCAGAUGAGGGCCAAACUAGCACCUCUUCGUCGCCUGUCGUAGAAGUAACUCAGGGAUCCUCUUCCAAUGGUGAUGGAAACUCUACCCAGUCCUCGACAACAACUACCACUACAACGACGACAUCCUCCGAUGCUGGCCAAUCCACCACCUCAUCUGACCCCGUUGUGGAAGUCAGUCAAGGAACAAACGGCGAUAACAGCUCCACUCAGUCUUCGUCAUCCACCACAACAUCGACAUCUUCAGAUGAGGGCCAAACUAGCACCUCUUCGUCGCCUGUCGUAGAAGUAACUCAGGGAUCCUCUUCCAAUGGUGAUGGAAACUCUACCCAGUCCUCGACAACAACUACCACUACAACGACGACAUCCUCCGAUGCUGGCCAAUCCACCACCUCAUCUGACCCCGUUGUGGAAGUCAGUCAAGGAACAAACGGCGAUAACAGCUCCACUCAGUCUUCGUCAUCCACCACAACAUCGACAUCUUCAGAUGAGGGCCAAACUAGCACCUCUUCGUCGCCUGUCGUAGAAGUAACUCAGGGAUCCUCUUCCAAUGGUGAUGGAAACUCUACCCAGUCCUCGACAACAACUACCACUACAACGACGACAUCCUCCGAUGCUGGCCAAUCCACCACCUCAUCUGACCCCGUUGUGGAAGUCAGUCAAGGAACAAACGGCGAUAACAGCUCCACUCAGUCAUCCACCACAACAACGACAUCUUCAGAUGAGGGCCAAACUAACACCUCUUCGGCUCCUGUCGUAGAAGUAACUCAGGGAUCCUCUUCCAAUGGUGAUGGAAACUCUACCCAGUCCUCGACAACGACGACAACUACAACGACGACAUCUUCCGAUGCUGGCCAAUCCACCACCUCAUCUGACCCCGUUGUGGAAGUCAGUCAAGGAACAAACGGCGAUAACAGCUCCACUCAGUCAUCCACCACAACAACGACAUCUUCAGAUGAGGGCCAAACUAACACCUCUUCGGCUCCUGUCGUAGAAGUAACUCAGGGAUCCUCUUCCAAUGGUGAUGGAAACUCUACCCAGUCCUCGACAACGACGACAACUACAACGACGACAUCUUCCGAUGCUGGCCAAUCCACCACCUCAUCUGACCCCGUUGUGGAAGUCAGUCAAGGAACAAACGGCGAUAACAGCUCCACUCAGUCUUCGUCAUCCACCACAACAACGACAUCUUCAGAUGAGGGCCAAACUAGCACCUCUUCGUCGCCUGUCGUAGAAGUAACUCAGGGAUCCUCUUCCAAUGGUGAUGGAAACUCUACCCAGUCCUCGACAACAACUACCACUACAACGACGACAUCCUCCGAUGCUGGCCAAUCCACCACCUCAUCUGACCCCGUUGUGGAAGUCAGUCAAGGAACAAACGGCGAUAACAGCUCCACUCAGUCAUCCACCACAACAACGACAUCUUCAGAUGAGGGCCAAACUAACACCUCUUCGGCUCCUGUCGUAGAAGUAACUCAGGGAUCCUCUUCCAAUGGUGAUGGAAACUCUACCCAGUCCUCGACAACGACGACAUCUUCCGAUGCUGGCCAAUCCACCACCUCAUCUGACCCCGUUGUGGAAGUCAGUCAAGGAACUAACGGCGAUAACAGCUCCACUCAGUCUUCGUCAUCCACCACAACAACGACAUCUUCAGAUGAGGGCCAAACUAGCACCUCUUCGUCGCCUGUCGUAGAAGUAACUCAGGGAUCCUCUUCCAAUGGUGAUGGAAACUCUACCCAGUCCUCGACAACAACUACCACUACAACGACGACAUCCUCCGAUGCUGGCCAAUCCACCACCUCAUCUGACCCCGUUGUGGAAGUCAGUCAAGGAACAAACGGCGAUAACAGCUCCACUCAGUCAUCCACCACAACAACGACAUCUUCAGAUGAGGGCCAAACUAACACCUCUUCGGCUCCUGUCGUAGAAGUAACUCAGGGAUCCUCUUCCAAUGGUGAUGGAAACUCUACCCAGUCCUCGACAACGACGACAACUACAACGACGACAUCUUCCGAUGCUGGCCAAUCCACCACCUCAUCUGACCCCGUUGUGGAAGUCAGUCAAGGAACAAACGGCGAUAACAGCUCCACUCAGUCAUCCACCACAACAACGACAUCUUCAGAUGAGGGCCAAACUAACACCUCUUCGGCUCCUGUCGUAGAAGUAACUCAGGGAUCCUCUUCCAAUGGUGAUGGAAACUCUACCCAGUCCUCGACAACGACGACAACUACAACGACGACAUCUUCCGAUGCUGGCCAAUCCACCACCUCAUCUGACCCCGUUGUGGAAGUCAGUCAAGGAACAAACGGCGAUAACAGCUCCACUCAGUCUUCGUCAUCCACCACAACAACGACAUCUUCAGAUGAGGGCCAAACUAGCACCUCUUCGUCGCCUGUCGUAGAAGUAACUCAGGGAUCCUCUUCCAAUGGUGAUGGAAACUCUACCCAGUCCUCGACAACAACUACCACUACAACGACGACAUCCUCCGAUGCUGGCCAAUCCACCACCUCAUCUGACCCCGUUGUGGAAGUCAGUCAAGGAACAAACGGCGAUAACAGCUCCACUCAGUCAUCCACCACAACAACGACAUCUUCAGAUGAGGGCCAAACUAACACCUCUUCGGCUCCUGUCGUAGAAGUAACUCAGGGAUCCUCUUCCAAUGGUGAUGGAAACUCUACCCAGUCCUCGACAACGACGACAUCUUCCGAUGCUGGCCAAUCCACCACCUCAUCUGACCCCGUUGUGGAAGUCAGUCAAGGAACUAACGGCGAUAACAGCUCCACUCAGUCUUCGUCAUCCACCACAACAACGACAUCUUCAGAUGAGGGCCAAACUAGCACCUCUUCGUCGCCUGUCGUAGAAGUAACUCAGGGAUCCUCUUCCAAUGGUGAUGGAAACUCUACCCAGUCCUCGACAACGACGACAACUACAACGACGACAUCUUCCGAUGCUGGCCAAUCCACCACCUCAUCUGACCCCGUUGCGGAAGUCAGUCAAGGAACAAACGGCGAUGGCAGCUCCACUCAGUCUUCGUCAUCCACUACAACAACGAAGGAAAUAUCUUUAAAGGAUAAUGGAAGCCCUAAGUGGAAUAAAACGACAAAAACGUACUCUUCAAAAACUAUCAGAAUUCCGAAGUCAGGAAGAAAGUUAAAUUCUAGUUCUAGCGAAACUUCAACAACCGUAACGUCAAGUUCUUCCUCAAAGCCACAGACCAAAUAUUCGUGGUCAAGCUCUUCAAGGAAAUCGUAUAAUGGUGGCAAGUCUAAGAAAUAUUGGACCAAGCGGUGGACUAAAAAAUCACGCAAAAAUAACAAUGAAAGCUCCACUAUUGUUGCAGAGGAAUCAUCUGACUCACUAACAGAUGCUGGAGUUGCUGUCACCCAAGGAAAUGAUUUAAGCAAUGAGGGAAAUUCGGGUCAGUCUACAGUUACCUCAUCUCUUCCUGUUGUAGAUACUAUUGCAGAUAACCAGAACAGCGAAUCAAGCUUAACAUCAAGUGAAAAUACAACAAAAUACUCUUCAAAAUCCUCCAAGGUUCCCAAGUCUAAUGGUGGUCAGUCGAGUAUAAGCACUAGCAAAACUACAAAAACCGUAACGACAAGCACUUCCUCAACACCCAGCUCAUCAAAGAAAACUUCCAAUAGUGGAAAAUCGGUCAAGACUUCUUCGACUACUAUGACAACAACAUCUUCAGAUCAGGGCCAAUCCAGCUCAGGAUUAUCCCCUGUUGAAAAGAUCACACAGGGAAUCCCACAAAACGAUAUUGAAAGCUUAAAUCAGGUCACCACAACGACAACAUCAUCUGAGAACCAAGUCGGCGUACCUUCUUCCCCUGUUGUUAAAGUAACGAAGAAAACCUAUGUAAGCAAAGAUGGAAAGACCACCCGGUCAUCAACUACCACAACAACAACUACCACGACCAAAGGAAGUAAUCAGUCAGGUACCUUAACUCUUCCGGCGGUCGAUGCCAGCAUAGUGGCUAAGGGGCUAAAAUCGUCAACAAAAACUACAACAACAUCCACCAAAGGAACUAAGUUGUCGGAUAUCUUGACUCUGCCAGAAGUUGAUGCCAGCCUAAAUGUUGGUGGUGGAAAGUCAAGCUCAACAUCGACAACGACAACUACGACGAUAUCCACAAAGGGAAGUAAAUCAUCCUUGUCUCUACCGGAAGUUGAUGCCAGCAUAGCCAUUAACGGCGAUGGGUCCCGCUCAUCAUCUAUUAAAGAUACAAACAUUUGGUCAAAGAUAGACUUGAGUCUGCCUAAACUGGAUGCCAGCCUAAAUGUUGGUGGUGGAAAGUCAAGGUCAACAUCGACAACGACAACUACGACAACAUCCAGAAAGGGAAGUAAGUCAUCCUUGUCUCUACCGGAAGUUGAUGCCAGCAUAGCCAUUAACGGCGAUGGAUCCCGCUCAGCAUCUAUUAAAGAUACAAACAUUUUGUCAAAGAUAGAUCUGAGUCUGCCUAAACUGGAUGCCAGCCUUAAUGUUGGUGGUGGAAAGUCAAGGUCAACAUCGACAACGACAACUACGACAAAAUCCACAAAGGGAAGUAAAUCAUCCUUGUCUCUACCGGAAGUUGAUGCCAGCAUAGCCAUUAACGGCGAUGGAUCCCGCUCAGCAUCUAUUAAAGAUACAAACAUUUUGUCAAAGAUAGAUCUGAGUCUGCCUAAACUGGAUGCCAGCCUUAAUGUUGGUGGUGGAAAGUCAAGGUCAACAUCGACAACGACAACUACGACAAAAUCCACAAAGGGAAGUAAAUCAUCCUUGUCUCUACCGGAAGUUGAUGCCAGCAUAGCCAUUAACGGCGAUGGAUCCCGCUCAGCAUCUAUUAAAGAUACAAACAUUUUGUCAAAGAUAGAUCUGAGUCUGCCUAAACUGGAUGCCAGCCUAAAUGUUGGUGGUGGAAAGUCAAGCUCAACAUCGACAACGACAACUACGACAAAAUCCACAAAGGGAAGUAAAUCAUCCUUGUCUCUACCGGAAGUUGAUGCCAGCAUAGCCAUUAACGGCGAUGAGUCCCGCUCAGCAUCUAUUAAAGAUACAAACAUUUUGUCAAAGAUAGAUCUGAGUCUGCCUAAACUGGAUGCCAGCCUAAAUGUUGGUGGUGGAAAGUCAAGCUCAACAUCGACAACAACAAGUACAACAACAUCCACAACUGGAAGAAAAUCGUCUAAAAUUUUGACUGUACCGAAAAUUGCUGCCGGCAUAUCUAUCGAUGGCGGAAUAUCAGGUUCAACAUCAACUAAAACUAUUAAAAUUACGUCAAAGAACUUUGUAGCACCCAAAUCCAGUUCGUCUUCCAAAACUACGACCACAACCACUACAUCGAAGACUUCAUCGGUCCCAAAAACAGAGUCCAAAUACUCCUGGUCUAGUUCGUCGAAGAAAAUAUCCAAUCCUAUUCGCUUAACCCUACCUACCAUUAACGCAGGUAUUUCUGUUGGCGGAGGAGAUUCGUCGGGUUCCUGGUCUAAGCUAAUCAAGAGGAGCACCAACAGUGCCGAGACGAAUGCCAGCGAUGGUCCAUCUCUUUCCGGUUCUAUUGGAUCCGGUGCAGGUGGAUCUCAGUCUGCUGAAUCCUGGUCUCAACGCUCAGGAUUUUCGGGUGACAGUUCCAGUGUCCAGGGAUCUCCGGACAUUCGUAUUCGAUUGGCCAGAGGACAGACAGGAAACGAUGCUCAGUCGCAAAACUCGAAUUCUUGGACCCGAAGCGCUACACAAGGCAGCGAUAACUUGGCUAAUGGAGCAAUAUCCGCCAAUGGCCUCAAUAUGGAGGGUUCAGAGAGUUCCGGCGGUGUGGCAACUACGAUCCCAGGUGGCUCUGUCGGUGUAACCGGACAAUAUCCAUACUGGUGGGGCAACGGCCGUUGGGUGGGUGUUGGAGCCAGGCCCAGUUGGCGAUAUGGAUGGCGUCCUUAUGGAAGCGGUUGGGGCGGAUGGAACAAUCAAUAUUAGAGUUGGUCCUUGCGAAUGGAUAGGGCCCAGAUUAAACGGCUCAUGACUUUAAUGUACACGAUUGUGAAAUAUAUGCAUACGAAUAUUAUAAAA